CUUCUUCAAUUCAGUCCAUUUCUGACUGCGGUCGAACGUUGUCGUCGUGUGUUAAGUGUCGCGAGGCGUCGUGAAUUCGGUAUGAACGGUUUACACAAAUUUGAAACAAGUGAAAUAAUAAAACCAAAGGCAGAUAUGAAUUGCUUUCGAUAAAAACGAGUGUGCCUACAAGUAACACAACAGCUCAUGCCAAUUGAGAGCUGGGCGAAAAGUUCAGAGAUACAAAAUUGUCAUUAUUGAAAUUUGAAAAUGUCAAUAACAAAAACCGGUUAAACGUUAAACGCCUCAACGACAAGUGAAGUGAGUGGCAAGUGGUGUUUACAAGAAAGAUAAAAAGCGUUACGCUUUCGAUGCAAAGAAAACAAGAGACGCGAAUUUAAGUAACACAAUUGAAUUUCGAAUCCAAAUCCAUGUAACAACGGCAACAGUAUUCGAAUCAAACAAAACAAACAAAUUCCAAACAAAAAAAAAAAAAAAAAUAUUAAAAACACACACGCACGCAUUCUGCUAAAACAAGUUCCUGUUGCUUGGCAAACGCAUACCAACAAAUUCCGAAGUAAACUCUGUAUUGUGGAUUAUAAAUCGCCGAAAUUACUGCCCAGCAGUCACAACAGUUUUAACAAAUAAACAACAACAACUGACUGGAUUACAAACGAAAUGGAUUAUAAAUAUAAACAACAUCUCGCCGUCUCACCUUGAAUUGUUGCUGUUUUUUUUUUUUUUUUUUUUUUUUUUUGAUAAUUUUUACAUUUCUGCACGGAAAGGCGAAAAUUAUCAUCUGCGUAUUGUAAUAUUCGAUCAGUUCCGAUUUCGAGAAAUGCAAUUAAUUGUAGACAAAAUUCCCAUGUUUUCGAAACAGAGCACCAAACGCAACUCAAAAAAAAAAAAUGAGGAUAUGAAUACGCCAUCAGGCUCCUCAAGGGCUCCAGCCUUAGGGGGCCAAAUAUCACCACCAGGCAAUUAUCCAUCGCCAACGGCAGAUAAUCAUGCGCAUCAUCAACAAAGUCAGCAACAGCAGCUAUUCCAGCAACAGCAGCAAUUUUAUCAACAACAACAGCAACAAAAUUUCCAUCAACAUCAGCAUCUGACGUCGCAGCAGCAGUUCCUAAAUCAAUCCAACACUGCGUUCCCGAACAAUGUCCCAUACCAGGCCGAGCCUGACAGCCUACGGUCACUGAAUAGCUCAUUUGGGCCCAACUCAGAAUUCACUUCAGUAUCUGGCAACAGCAUCCCCUCUAACGUAGAUCGUUUACAUUAUCCAAACAGCCAUCCUCCUAGUGGUGGUGCAGUUGGGGUCGCUGGUGUCGUUAGCCCCGGUUUGCUUUCACCCGCACCAUCCAAUUCGGGGAAUACACUAAAUACGAACUAUAAUAGUAUGGUAACGGCAGCCGGUGCUCAACAAGCCAACAUGGAUGCUAUGGGUGGUUACAAUCAGAUGAGUGGCGUACAUCCCGGAAUGAAUACUGGGAUAAUGGGAACACACGCUCAGCCACAACACCCUUUUAUGAAUGGUAAUGGAGGUAUGAAUACCACAACAAUGGGCCCAAUGGCAGGAAACAACGCUAGCCCCAACAUGCAAUUGGCAGCCAUGGGACCAUCGUCAAAUGGAAAUGGGCAAAUCAAUAUGAUGCCGGGAUACCACAGCGGAGUAGGUUCAGCAAGACAUCAUCAGAUUUCUUCUAUGAAUCAAAUGCAAAGUAUGGCGAUCGCUGGCAGUGGAAUUGGUUCUGUAGGCGGAUCCUCUAGCGGAAUGUCACUACAUCACCAACAACAAAUGAGUGUCAUGAAUCCAAUGUCCAAAAUGCAAGGAAUGGCCGGCAGUAGCUACAAUCAAAGGCGCAUGUCUCCCUAUCCAAAUCCUCAAAUGCAUGCAGCACAAAAGAGAGCAGGCGUUUAUCCAAUAAACAAUCCAAGCGUACCUCAAACACAAGGAACCGCUGGAAUGGGUUACGGAUUAUCCAGUCACAUGCAUCAUCAAACGACAAAUGGUGUUCCGUUGCCAAUGCAAACUGGAUAUGGUGGUGGUAGGGGAGGUGCCAUGAGUUAUGGUGGAAGAUCUGGUAACUGUGCCAAUAGUAAUAUGUCUGCUAAUGGAAUGGGUGCAACCAGUAUGGCUCCCGGCAACAUAGGUCCAGGUGGUAUGGGCUCUACGGUUUUACCAAAUAGCAGUAUGGGCCAAGUGGGCAUGGGACCUGCUGGUAUGCCAGGCAAUAUGGGACCUGCAGCAAGUAUGAGUCCAGGAUGUAUGAAUUCAAUGCAACGCUUUGGUCCUGGGAAUAGUUAUGGCAACAGUCUGCACCACCCCCAACAGAACCAGUAUUAUUCUGGCUCGCAAACGAGCUUGAAUAUCAGUAGUAACACCGCUUCAAACGGAAUGUGUCCCGUUGGUCCUAGUUCUGCUCCAAGCUCCGGAAGCCCCUAUCAAAAUCAAAGUUUUCAACAAAACUAUCAACAUAGCCCAGUUCCUGGAAAUCCAACGCCUCCACUAACACCCGCCUGCAGCGUACCCUAUGUUAGUCCUAAUCCUGAUAUUAAACCGCAACUAGAUAAUUGCGAGGAAAUGAGAUUGACUUUCCCUGUUCGCGAUGGAAUUAUACUUCCCCCGUUCCGUUUGUUGCAUAAUUUAUCUGUGAGCAAUCACGUAUUUCAUCUCAAACAAAAUGUUUACAAUACGCUGAUGUGUCGAUCUGAUCUGGAAUUGCAGCUAAAGUGUUUCCACCAAGACGACCGACAAAUGAAUACUAAUUGGCCACAUACGGUCACGGUAUCGGCCAAUGCAACACCCUUAAAUAUAGAACGUUCUGAAAAGACCGGGCAAGCGCUAAGACCCCUUUAUUUGAAAUCAGUCUGCCAACCUGGUCGGAACACCCUCCAACUAACUGCGAGUUCCUGUUGUUGCUCCCACCUGUUCGUUUUACAAUUAGUCCAUCGACCAUCCGUGCGACAGGUUAUGCAAAGCCUACAUAAGCGCAAUUUACUACCACUGGAACACAGCGUGGCAAAAAUAAAGCGAUACUUUGCUAUUGGCAUUGUAGGUGGAACCCCAAGCUCUGACAAUUCUGGCACCGCUAGCAAUAUUCCUGAAUCUAAUAAGUGUAUUAGGAUAUCACUAAAAUGUCCAAUUAUGAAAGCUCGAAUACGUCUGCCUGCCCGAGGCUUGGAAUGCAAACACGUCCAGUGCUUCGACUUGGAGAGUUACCUAAUGAUGAAUUGCGAGCGAGGGACGUGGCGUUGUCCUGAAUGCAAUAAGCCCGCCCUCACAGAGAGUUUGGAAAUCGAUCAGUAUUACUGGGCUAUUUUGAAUACCUUAAAUAAUUCAGACGUAGAUGAAGUUGCUAUAGACUCCUCAGCGAAUUGGAGGGCAAUACAGGGUAAUGUGGUUAACAGUUUAAAUAAUAGUGCUAAUAGUGGAAGCCCCAACACAACUGUGCCAAUAAACUCGAUGUCGCUCACGGGUGGAUCAGCUGCGAGUAACGGUAAUUCGAGUAGUUUACCAAUUUCCCAAAUAAAACAGGAAAACUAUUCUGACGACAUUGCCAAAGUAAUGUCCCCGGGAUCAACACAGUUGCCAACCGCCACAUGGGACAACUCUCAAGCGAUGAGUCCAUUCAACAGCCAUGACAUGAAUUCCAUUGCCAACGGCAACAUGAUGACUGGGACAGGUGAUUGUAAAUCGAAUCCCAACCAAGGCACAAAUAAUAGCAGUCGAAGUAACGCAGAUAGUUUUAACAGCCAUCAGACAUCUGGCGAAAUUCUGCCGAGUGACUCCUCACAUCAAAAUAGUUCCCUAACACAUUUAGGCGAACCUCUUGAUCAAUUGAACGCCAUGGAAAAGUCUCUUACAGAACAGAUGCCUCAUACACCUCAUACCCCACAUACUCCGGGAAGUAUCAGCCACCCCAUGACCCCUGGCGGACCCCCUUCAGUAAGUUCCGCCCACAAUGAACCAAUUAACAAUAGCACAGCAAAUGGUGCUAAUUCCAGCAGCCUUAACUCUCCUCAGACUCCGGGUACGCCGAGUGCUCGCACGGGCAGUAGCAGUGGUCAACAGCAACACGAUCAGCAGCAACAGUCGCAUCAAGAUCAAAUAAUUAAUUCUAUUAUGGGACCGCAAUCUUCAUCGGAUUUGGUCAGUCUAAGUGACCAGCCUUUUGACCCGUCGAACCUGAGUAACUCAGAUACCGCUAACGAUUUAAAUCUACUAUCCGACGUAGAUCCUUUGGAAAUAUUGUCUUAUUUGGAACCUCAACCGGAUUUAAAUACUCCGCCGUCUAGCGGGUCGAGCAAUAACAACAACAAUGACGAUAUUCUAGCUUCCUUAUUUGAUUAGACGUCAUAUACUGACAAUCUUCCAGAUUGACCCUGUAAAUAGUAUUAUUAAAUAUAAAGAAUUAGCAUAAAAAGCAUGGUACAAUAAAAAAGUAUUGAAGAGUUGCCUGUAGUUCGAUUCACUUAUCCUUUUCUCGACUUACCCGCAAAUAUUGGUGAAAAAUAUCAAUUGAAACUCUAAAUAGAAAUUAACAAAUAUAUCCCGAUAAGUAACUUUUAGCGACUAUUUCCUUUUUGUCGCUACAUUGCCUGAAAACAACUACAAUUGUUUCUACGUGUGCCCGAUUUAUAUGAACGUGAUGUUCAGAAUCAUUUUAUAUAUGUUCGAAAUCAAACAUAUAAUAUUGCCGGCAUGAAAACUUAGUUUUUGGGAUAGAAGGGAUUUGAACGAGGUCAGUUUUUCUUCUGCCCUAAGUUCUAAAUACUCAUGUUCACCUGCGCCAAAGUUACGAACAAUAUGAAACAAAUAUAAACUAAUUGUUGAGUGUGUCAUUUCAGGAAAUUCCUUUUUUACUUUCUUAUUGGACCAUAGGGAAAAAGUAAAACAAAAAAUCGAAUUAAGUCCAUAAAGAGACGGGGAAAGUUUACCACAAAGAGAAGUGAGUUUUAUGGAAAUGGAGGCGGUUGAAUGAGGUACAUUGAAUAUUUUCUUCUGCUCUCUCUCCUAAAACCCUUCAUUUCCUUCCGAGAAACUUUACCGUGUAAAUAAGGUCUAACUAAACAACAAUAAAAUACAAAUUACAAGGAAUUAAUGUAAAACCAUUCAAAUGUGAUUUAAUGUUAACCAUCUUUUACAGAAAUUUUCUCAUCCUAUCCAACGUAUCAUGCUUUAAAUUAAAGUUCUCUGUAAAGUGUUAGUUUAAGAAAUAGCGGAUCGCUGGUGAUUUUAAGUCAAAAACUCACCAUGUUUUGAGUAUUUUCUAAAACAAUUUAUCUUGCUUGUUAUGGUUUCAAAUUCUGUACAAAGUAUUAAUUUAAUUUGUCAAAUUUAAGUUUUAUUAAACAUUUUGCAUAUAUUAACUCAUUACUACACAUAUUCGUAUGUAAAACUUAAGUGUACAUUAGAUGAUUAAAAAGUAUGUAGAUUAUUUUCAAGUUUGUAAGUCUUAUUACAUGUACUCGCUCACAAGAUGUAAAUAAAUUCAGAUUCUCAUUACAACAAACUUAACCAGAAACGUAAGCAAACAUAUUGUUCAGAAAUAUAUAAUAAAUCAAUAACAAUGUUAAAACCAA